UUGGCGGCUGGCGUCCGCCCUCACUGCCGGCGUCCUCGAUCUGGACACCAUGUUCCUUGCGGGGUCCCCCAGCCACACCCUCCGCCGGUUCCCCGUGCUGCCGUUACUGCUGCUUCUACAGACUUUGGAGAGGGGUCUGGGUCGUGCUAGCCCGGCUGGAGCCCCCUUGGAAGAUGUGGUCAUCGAGAGAUACCACAUCCCCAGGGCCUGCCCCCGAGAAGUACAGAUGGGGGAUUUUGUGCGGUACCACUACAAUGGCACUUUCGAGGACGGGAAGAAGUUUGAUUCCAGCCAUGACCGAAGCUCCCUCGUGGCCAUCAUUGUGGGCGUCGGGCGCCUCAUCACUGGCAUGGACCGGGGCCUCAUGGGCAUGUGUGUCAACGAACGCCGCCGUCUCAUUGUGCCUCCCCACCUGGGCUACGGCAGCAUCGGUGUGGCGGGCCUCAUCCCCCCCGAUGCCACCCUCUAUUUUGACGUGGUCCUCCUGGAUAUCUGGAACAAGGCGGACACAGUGCAGGUGACCAUCCUCCUGCGCCCUCCCCACUGCCCGCGCAUGGUGCAGGACAGCGACUUUGUGCGCUACCACUACAAUGGCACCCUGCUGAAUGGCACUGCCUUUGACAGCAGCUAUAGUCGGGGAGGUACUUACGACACCUACAUUGGCUCUGGUUGGCUGAUCAAGGGCAUGGACCAGGGUUUGCUGGGCAUGUGUCCCGGAGAGAAGAGAAAAAUCAUCAUCCCUCCCUUCCUGGCUUAUGGGGAGAAAGGCUAUGGGACUGUGAUACCCCCGCAGGCCUCCCUGGUCUUCUAUGUCCUGCUGAUUGACGUCCACAACCCGAAGGACACGGUCCAGCUGGAAACGCUGGAGCUGCCCCAGGGCUGUGUCCGGCGAGCCGUGGCCGGGGACUUCAUGCGUUACCACUACAAUGGCUCUUUGAUGGACGGUACCCUCUUUGAUUCCAGCUACUCUCGAAACCACACCUACAAUACCUAUAUCGGGCAGGGUUACAUCAUCCCUGGGAUGGACCAGGGGCUGCAAGGCGCCUGCAUAGGGGAGCGAAGGAGGAUCACUGUGCCCCCUCACCUUGCCUACGGGGAGAACGGGACAGGAGACAAGAUCCCUGGCUCAGCUGUGCUCAUCUUUGACGUACAUGUCAUCGACUUCCACAACCCUGCGGACCCUGUGGAAAUCACGACGCUGUUCCGGCCACCUGAGAUCUGCAACCAGACAUCCAAGCUCGGAGACUUCAUUCGCUACCACUACAACUGUUCUCUCCUGGACGGCACCAGGCUCUUCUCUUCCCAUGACUACGAGGCCCCUCAGGAGGCCACCCUGGGAGCCAACAAAGUAAUCGAUGGCCUGGACAGGGGCCUGCAGGGCAUGUGUGUAGGAGAGAGGAGGCAGCUCAUUGUGCCCCCACACCUGGCCCACGGGGAGAGCGGAGCCCGGGGUGUCCCUGGCAGUGCCGUACUGCUAUUCGAGGUGGAGCUGGUAUCCCGAGAAGAUGGCUUGCCCACGGGCUACCUGUUCGUGUGGCACCAGGAUCCUCCUGCCAACCUUUUUGAAGACAUGGAUCUCAAUAAAGAUGGAGAGGUGCCCCCAGAAGAGUUCUCCUCCUUCAUCAAGGCGCAAGUGAAUGAAGGCAAAGGACGCCUCAUGCCUGGGCAAGACCCUGACAAAACCAUCCAAGACAUGUUUCAGAACCAGGACCGAAACCAGGAUGGCAAGAUCACACCUGAGGAGCUCAAGUUGAAGACAGAUGAGGACCAGGAGAGGGUCCAUGAAGAGCUCUGAGGGCCAGAGUCUCAGGUCUGACCUCAGACACAAAGGCCCUCAGCUGAGGGACAGUGGCUGUGGAACUAGCUUGCAAGCACAGCACCCCCUCCCUCAGUGGGGAGAACUCGGACUCACUGAAUGUCAUCAGGGACUGCUGUGACCUUCCCAUUGGCUAUGGCUUCCAGUCCAUAGCACAGACCCCUGCAUUUUUCUCUUCCAACCUUAAGCGUCUUCCUUAAGGCUCUUGGCAUAAAUCCAGUUCAGGGUAGGGGCCACUAUUUGGUUAGGGCCAUUGCUAAUCCAGCGCACCCAUCCUUCCACCCACAUGAUGAGACUCAGCAAGGGUGAGUUCCUUGGUCCUUCCUUUUUCCCAAUGUGUCCUUUAUUUUGUACUGUCCUGACCCAUCUCCCCAUCCAUGUCCAUCCCCAUUCCCUCUGUCUUGGCAGCUCCGCAGGGGCAUGAAUCUGAGUGAGGAGAGCCAUUCUCCUGCCUCAGCUCUGCCUGCUCCUCAGGAAGGGGUGGCUUCAGGAACACAGUCCUGCCGGCCGCCCUUCUUACUCCUGCCUCCCCCCCCCCCCCAGGACCACUAGGGUCAGGUCUUUCAGGGCUGUGAAAACCUGUCUUGGUGCUAAUCUGUUGGGAGGGAGGCGGGCAGAGUUCUGGACUCUCAAAGGUUACACUGAUCCAAUCCUUAAUCCUUUGUGUCAAUAAAAGGUUA